CAAACAACGCGAAAGUAGGAAAAUAAACUUCUAAUACAAAUAAAUAAUAAACUUCAAAACGAAGUUGAUCAUUACAUCAAAAUGUUGCCGCUAUCUUUGUUACGGACAGCGCAGAACCACCCUAUGCUUGUCGAAUUGAAAAAUGGCGAAACUUACAAUGGUCAUCUCGUAAGCUGCGAUAAUUGGAUGAACAUUAAUUUACGUGAAGUUAUUUGCACGUCGAGAGACGGCGACAAGUUCUGGAGGAUGCCGGAAUGUUAUAUACGUGGUAGUACGAUCAAAUACUUGAGAAUACCGGACGAGGUCAUCGACAUGGUGAAGGAGGAGACACAGGUUAAAGCGCGCGGUCGUAACGAGGUUUCCAAGGGACGCGGGCAAAACAUGAGGACCGGUGGCCGUGGUGGUAGCCGAGGCGCAUUCGGUAACCGCGGCAGAGCACCUCCACUAGCCCGUGGCGGCGGGAACCCGCGACCACAGAACAAAAAUAAAAAUAAAAUGUAAGAUAAGUUUUUUAAUAAAUUAAGUUAUUUGGCUAAGGAA